ACAAACAUGCGGCAGGAGGGAAACGAUUUGGAGCAACUUUCCGAAUUAAACAAAUACUUCACGGUAUUUUCUGGAUCCUCACAAGAAGAUGUGUCAUAUGCCACCGUCUUUUGGAAUUCUGUCACUUUACAGCCACCUUUGGAGUCGCGCCUGGUGUCGGCAGACAUUAGUCAGCGCCUGAAGGUGGCCAAGAACCCUCAACAUUGUAUGAAUAUUGAUUGCGAGUCACCUACUCCAGACACAAGAUGUGAAGAGACACUCCAGUCAGUGUACCUGAAGCAGCAAGCAGAGGAGAAGAAGGGGUACAUGGAGAUGGCCAAGCGCAGAGAGGAGAUCAUCACCCUUUUCAAAAAGCAGAGGGAGGAGCAAAUCAAGAAAGAGAUGAUGUCCCUCCCAUAUAAGCCAAACCAAUGUGACAGCUAUCAGAGACCACCACCCAAAGAGCAGCCGAAAGAUAUUCAGCAGGACAUAGACGACGUCAGAGCACUAGAAUGGUAGUAUUGCUGUGGCAGCAGGGUGCUCUGCUGGCCUCUCUGAAUUACUGCUACAUGGCACUGGGAUAAACCCUCAAAGGGCUCCAUGACAGAAGAAGAGGAAGAGGAAGACCUCCCGGAGUGCAAUGCUAUGUGAGGGUUAGCAAAAAACAUCCAAGAAGUUCAAGGCAAGGCACAAGAACUGAAGAUAAAAAGGAUGAAAGUGCUUCUUAGAAGGACAUUGUCGAGCUGAGUAAAAGUUUGUUGUAAAAAAAAAAAAAAGUUGAAAAAAUCUCUAUUGUAGCAGGAUAUGCUAUUGGCAAUAUAUUAAAGUUCAAUGUACAAAAAUCUAAAUGGGCUUUCACCCAUUUACAGAGAUUCAAAGCGGUGUCACAGAGCUCCCCCUGCAUUGACAGUCUUUGUUUC